AUGCUUAUGAAUGGCGUCGAAGCUCUCGCCACGCUUGCAUUGAAAGACCAAACAGCCCGCAGCUAUGGCGCGCAGUUUCACGCAGAAGGCUAUCCAGACGUGGUCAUUGAUAUAGAGCCUCAGCAGCCAGCCACCGAUGUUUUGAAUGAAAUUAUGCUUUUGUGCAUCUUUUUCGGAAUGGACCGCGUGAUAAGAGAGCGAGAAUAUCGAAAUGCUAAGAUUCUCUGUUUUUGGGACAAUGUAGUGGUUGCGCAGGUGCUUUUUGAGCGACCGGGGUAUCAGUCAUCGGCAAACACUACUGACGUAUUGUCUCCGACAGCAGAAAGUCCCGGUGGAUCUGGCAACAUCUCAUCGCUAAUCACCACCACCAACGACACUCUCCUUGAAGCCGUUACCCCGCGCUUCUACUUUCGCCCAGACAGCCAAAGUCUUCCCACCCCAAAUGUUUUCGGUACCGUAAUCACGGUCCUCUUAGCCUUCGCCUAUGUACCUAACACCGACCCCUUAGAAGCAUAUACCGUUGUCAGAACCGGUGCCGAGUGGGACGUCUCUAUGCUUUUCGAAUCAACCUUAAUACGCACACGGCCACCAUACUUCGAGUAUAGGUGGGCGAUCGAGACUGUGAGACAGAUGCCAGGGUUUUUGUUACAGCAAGGACGGUUCGCAGAGCUUAUCAUUGGCGUUAUCGUCGAUGGCGUGCAUGUGGGAAAUGCGCUUUUGGUGAAGGGGGAGCCUAACGAUCUAGUGGAGAAGGCGGGUGAAGCGGUGCCUAAUGGCGAGACUUGUGAGUCUGCAAAAGCUGAAUUAAUACUCCCAGGCGAGAAUGUUCCUACUGCAAAAUAG